GGCACUUUAAAGAACUAUUCUAAUCGUAUGACAUUCUGUGUUCAACUUUCACUAUAACAGUCAGGUAUGUUGCUGUUUAGUGUGUUUUUGCUACUACUCUGGUCCCAGGUUGCAAAUGCAGAAGGUGUAAUGAAAUCCGACCAAGACAAGCCAGACUUGUGCCUCCUGCCACCAAAGGUUGGUAAAUGUAAGGCACGUCUUGAGAGAUACUACUACGAUGAUGAGACUAAAGAGUGCACACUCUUCUAUUAUGGAGGGUGUGAUGCAAAUGAAAAUAACUUUGAGAAAAAGGAAGAUUGUGAAAAACGAUGUGGUGAUACCGGUAAGUUGGUUUGCCCACCAGUCCCAGUUGGGAAGUCUGGAGCAUGUGUUGAAAGCUGUGGUGAUGGUUGCACAGGGGGACAAUUGUGCUGCAGUAAUGGCUGUGGACAUAGCUGCAUGGAUGGAAUCAAAAAGCCGAUCCCACGAACCCCUUUACUUGGAUGCCCACCUGUCAUAGGGAAAGGGUCCUGUAAAGUAGAAAAGUGUGGGGUGAUUGAUGGGCAACCAAAGUGCCCUGAAGGACAAUUGUGUUGCUACAAUGGAUGCACAUAUACCUGUGUGGAAGGGGUUGCUACAGAAAAACCUGAGAUCUGCUACAUGCCAGCAAAGGUUGGUAAAUGUAAAGCAAAGAUUGAGAAGUACUACUUUGAUGCUGAAAUGAAUGAGUGUACACUGUUCUAUUAUGGAGGCUGUGAUGCAAAUGAAAACAACUUUGAUACCAAGGAAGAUUGUGAAAAACGGUGUUCAGGUAGUGUGCAUAUAGAUAUUUGCAACCUUCCAAA